CGCGAAUGUUGGAGAAUCAGAAUCUACUCGAUCAUCUUAUAGCACUGCUAUACUCUAUCUAAAUUUGUAAUCCCAACCUCUAACUAAAGAAUGAAUUUCGUUGGACGACAAUGUUUGAGAAUUUUGAAGAAAGAGUUGUACAGUAAUAGUCAUUCACGUGCCCUCGGAAGAACUUAUACGUACAAAAGUGCUUAUUCCUUGGAAAAUUUAUAUCCAAAAAGCAAUAUAAAUUUAUAUACACCAAAUUUUGUACCGGAAGAUCCAUCAAUAAAAUUCAAUGGUUAUAUUCCAAUAAAAGAAAUAGACAUAACGUACAGCAACAGUAGUGGCCCUGGUGGUCAAAAUGUCAAUAAAGUCAGUACAAAAGUAGAUUUACGAUUUAGUGUAAAAAAGGCAACCUGGAUUAGUGAUGAAAUUAAGGAAAAAUUAUUGGAAAAGCAUUCAAACCAAAUUAAUAAAGAUGGUUAUUUGAUAAUAAAAUCUGAUCUCACAAGAUCUCGACAACUAAAUGUGGCAGAUGCUCUACAAAAACUUAGACAAAUGAUUAGAGAUCUCAUUAUUGUUCCUGUCGAACCAGAUGAAUUGACGAAAGAAAAACACCGAAAGAGACAAGUAAAAGCUGCCCAAGAACGACUGUUUGUGAAACGAGCAAGAUCACAAGUGAAACGAGAUAGAUUAGGACUCGAUUAACUACAUGCUUGAAUGUUAUAUAUUAAUAAAGUUUGUAAAUACAAAUUAAAGAUACAAUGUUUAAGACUUAUGAAUAUAUUUCAGUAAAUACAUUAUUAUUGCUUAACAAAAA